GUCACUUCCUGAGGAAAGCUUUGCCUGCUACUUUUUGUUGGGACCUGGGAGGAAAUCAUCCCGCUAAGAACCGAGGUGAAAAAGGGGAUAAAGAGCAACAAAACACGCGCUGUACGCGAUGGAAACGUACGAGGCUGAUGUUUAAUCAUCAGCAAUGCAAGCGGAUGUGUUUUUACCGUGAACUCAGGCCUACAGCUUUUCUAUGGUGCUUUGACCCCCCCUCUUGUCCAUGAUGCUGAGUUUCCUACGCAGGACGCUGGGACGACGCUCCAUCCGGAAACAUGCGGAAAAAGCCAGGUUAAGAGAGGCUCAGCGAGCCGUGACACACAUCCCUGCUGCUGGGGAUGCAAAGUCCGUCAUCACCUGCCGCGUCUCCUUAUUGGACGGCACAGACGUCAGCGUCGACCUGCCGAAAAAAGCCAAAGGUGAGGAGCUGUUUGAACAGAUCAUGUAUCAUCUGGACAUCAUAGAGAAAGACUACUUCGGGCUGCGCUUCAUGGACUCCGCACAAGUGCCGCACUGGCUGGAUGUAUCAAAAAGUAUCAAAAAACAAGUAAAAAUCGGACCACCGUACUGCCUUCACCUGAGAGUGAAGUUCUACUCUUCAGAACCAAACAACCUUCACGAGGAGCUCACCAGAUACCUGUUUGUGUUGCAGCUGAAACAGGACGUCCUCAGUGGAAAGUUAGAAUGUGAGUUUGACACAGCGGUGGAGUUGGCCGCCUUCUCACUACAGGCUGAGCUCGGAGACUGUGACCCGUUAGACCAUAAUCUGGACCUGGUCACAGAGUUCCGCUUCGUCCCCAACCAAACAGAAGAUAUGGAGCUGGCGAUAUACAACACAUGGAAGGACUGCAGGGGUCAGACUCCGGCUCAAGCAGAGAUUAACUACCUGAACAAAGCCAAGUGGCUUGAAAUGUACGGGGUGGACAUGCACAUGGUCCAGGCCAGAGACGGUAACGAGUAUAGUCUGGGUCUGACGCCCACUGGAGUUCUGGUGUUUGAAGGACAGACAAAGAUCGGACUCUUCUUCUGGCCCAAAAUCACUCGACUAGAUUUCAAGAAGAGCAAACUAACACUGGUGGUUGUGGAGGAUGACGACCAGGGGAAGGAGCAGGAGCACACGUUUGUCUUCAGGAUGGAUCAUCCCAAGGCCUGUAAGCACCUGUGGAAGUGUGCGGUGGAGCACCACGCGUUCUUCAGGCUGAGGGGACCUGUGCAGAAGAACUCAGCACGCUCCGGAUUCAUCCGCAUGGGAUCACGCUUCAGAUACAGUGGAAAGACGGAGUACCAGACCACCAAGGCCAACAAAGCCCGGCGCUCUGCCACCUUUGAGAGAAGGCCCAGUCGACGCUACUCCAGGAGAACCAUGCAGAACAGAGGACCAUUUCAUCCACAAGAAGUUUUCUCCUCUGGUGACGGCGUCAACUCCAAAAACAACAAGGUGUCCGUCAGUCGCGGUGCCUGGUCCAGUAUUCCUGUGGUCACGCCGUCAGCUGCCUCUGCCUUUGAAUCCAUGGAGAUUGAGGCGCUACCCAGAAGCCCCGGAGGAGAGAAGAAGAGUCUGCCUGUGGUUGCUGACCUGAUGGAGACCUGCAUUGAUGAUGUGCUCAGAGCAACUGUGGUUCCCACGGUGACGACAACGGAAGAGGCCGGAGCAGGUACCAGUGCUGGUGUCACAGUGGAAGAUCCUCUGAACCUCAGUGAUGCAGCAGCUCGUCUGAAGCAGCUGGAGCUGGAGAACAGUCCGGUUCUUUCUACUCCAAGAAACAACAUCAACGUGAACGUGGCCAUGAACAAUCAGGAGGAUUUGAAAGUCACAGAGAAGUGUGUUCUGAACAGCACAAGCAGCAGUCCGGUUUCGACUCCACUGCGCCCUCCAGAGGAUUUGAAAAGUAACAUUCUUAAAGCACAAGCUGAGGCGGCUGCAUCCAAGACACCUUUAGAGGAACACUUCAUUGUUGUUGGAGAUAAAAACUGCAACUUACAGGAAGCUUCUGCCAGAUUGAAGGUUCGUGGAGGAAGACUUGGCAGUAACUCCUCUCUCUCGGCGGGGGCUCGUCCAGACGCCCAGGACUUCAGAGAGCAGCUGAAACCGGCAUCACAGGCCUCACCUGCAGGAGCCAAUUCUGAGAAGUUAGCUGACGAGGUAAACCCCUCCCUUCCCAAAAUGCCUCCUGAGUCCAUCAGUGAUCACAUGACUUCAAAGGUUAAAACAGAAGAGGUUGACCUUCAACUCUCUGUCCCGUUGAUCGACAACCUGAUUGACUUCACCGACCCCACACCUGCACUCCCUCCGGUGCAGCAGCCCAAACCUCUGAUCACACCUCGCUGGAUCAUUCCAACCACUGCUCCUCCCGGCGUCUUCGGUAACGGCAUGCUGGAUCUCGACCCGCACCCUAAGCUCGCCUCUGGUGUCCCUGAAGGGGGCGUCUCUGUGACCCCUCCCCUUCCCCCACUGGCUCACACGCAGAACAACGUGGCCACAAGCACCGUGACUCGGCCACCAGCCCCGGAGGACGGAGGCAGAACCCGAGGUCUUCUGACCACUGAGCUCUGAGGAACAACAAGCCUUUGGGUUCUCAACCUCUGACUCACCACAACAGCUGGAGGACAAGUGAACCGACAACCUCCGGCCUCAGAGGGUGGCAGGACGAGCACCAGGAUUUGAACAUCACCCACGCAGAGCCAGAUCUCUCACAGAUUAGCCAAUGGAAUAUCGAGUAGAUUUUUAUUGACAUUUAGCUCAGAUUUUUUUGGAAGUUAUUUAAACCCUGGUGAUGUGAUAGGUUCAGUGAAACUCUAUGAACUGUCCCUUUAGUCCUCAGUGUUUUAUCAGUUAAACUAGAGAUCAACAGCGUCUCACAGUGGUGUUUCUUCAGUGCUGCGCCCUCCUCAGCACAACCACUGCUGUAUUAUUGUUUUGUUUUUGUUUUAAUUGCUGGUCCUUGAAUUCACUGGAUUUAUACAUGUUCACACACACACACACACACAGACAGAAACACUGGACAUUCUUCAUGUGAUUGUAAACCAGGCAUGGGCAAGCGUUUUGGCUCGCGGGCCCCAGUGGGUCCUAAAAUUUGUCGGAGGUGGCGGGUCAGAAGCAGAGAUACGAACUAAGAUAAAUGAUAUGUCAAAGUCAUGCAUAAAGGCUGGGAUGCUUGUAGCCUUUUCUACGCCAUCUAUUGAGGAAAUGUGGGCGUUGCAGAGAAAAUGCAGAAGUAUAAUGAUAACGUAAAUUAAUGAUAUAAUUUUUAAUACAAGGUCGUUGGGCCGGGUUGAAAGGCCAAACGGGCUGCAUCUGGGCCGUAGUUUGCUCAUGCCUGUUAAAGUGUCGGAGGUGAAACACUCUGAUCAUCAACACUAAUGGAUGAGACGAGUUGACCACACGUUUUUACAACUUAUGUUUUGUUUUUUUUUAACAAAUUGUUCUUGAUUUUUUUUUCUUUUUUUUUGUCCUCCCUUCGCCUCCGACCCCCAAAUCUGUACGUUUAAUCUAGAAAGAUUGAGAACCACUGAAGAAACUUCCAGUCCAGCUUUCACAGAAUCAGCUGGAUUUGACACCAGUUUUUAUAUAUAUAGAUAUUUACUUUUAAAAAUUCUUGUCUUGGAUGUUGUAAAUCGCUGCUUUUAAUGAUCUGGGUUUUUUUUUUUUUUUACCGGCGUUGAUUUAAGAAGUUACUGCCACACGUUAGAGCCGUUUAAUUAAUUAUGACCGUUUGAUCAUGUGAUCCCUUUAUCCACACUGACUGCCAGUAUGAAUAUGCUGUAGUUAUGAUCCUGCCUUAUGGAGAUGAAUGUAUUGAACACUGUCAGAAUGGUUCAUGUCACGUGUCUCACAUCCUGAUGCCUAUUUCUUUAUUCGAAGGAAAACUUUUACUCUUAAAUUUGAAGUUAUAGAUUCAUAGACUUUGCGUUUUUGUUUUUGUUUUACAGCAGUAUCUCUAUUGGCUGUUUUAAAUGUGACAUUUCUGUCUUAAAGACUGUUUUACUUCCUCGUUCUUAGCCGACACUGUUCAUUUCUACACCUGUGUGUGUGUCAAGUGCUGUAGCUCACAUUUGGAAUGUAUCGUCUCAGUAUAACGGCAUCACGUGACUGUAGAUAAAAAAAAAGAAGAAUCUUAUAUAUAUUUUUUCAAAAUUAUUUUAGAAGAACUGUAACUGCUACUUAUUCUUCAUAGAGAGUGGGAAUAAUGUCUGUUUCUAAACAGGAAUGAAUUAGGAAUGGUCUCAAAUGCAUUUAUGAACCGUUUGUUUUUUUGUUUGUUUUUGUUUUUUCUGGAAUACAUGACCCGGUCCAACGUUUCUCAA